GCUAUCCAUUAAAAUGUUACAUUCCUUUGUUCUUCUGCCCAAUACAAUAUUGAAUACAUAGUACAAAAUAGUUGAAAACAGCGUUGUAUUAUUUGAGUAAGCUUGUAAGUUUGGUGAUGCCAUGAGCUCGUUUACAGUGUUGAACGUGGCAAAGCCAUUUUUACGUGAACCAAUUACUUCUUCUCCCAAUAUUGUUACUGCUUUUGUCCCACACCCAAAGAUUGUUGCUACUAGUUUUAAUACUAGGAAGAGGGUUUUCCCGUUGUCUUGUUGGAAAUGCAAUGAAAACUUAUUAUCUAGUUAUGCGUGUUCAAAUGAAAUUGAUGAUGAGGAAGAAUUUAUAGUGGUAAAUUUCUACCGCUUUGUUUUCAUUAAAGACCCAGAAGAGGAGGUCAGCAAACACCUUUCCUUUAUGGAGGGACGAGAUAUACAUGGCCGCAUAUAUUUAAGCAAACAGGGAAUUAAUGCACAGUACAGUGGCCCAAAAAAAGAUUCCCUUGCUUAUGUUAAGUGGGUAAGGGAAGACUGCAGAUUUUCUGGUGUACUUGUUCAGAUCUCUUCAGCAUCUAAUGGGCAUGCCUUUCCAAGAUUGAAGCUGCGUUAUAAGCCCUCUCUUGUACAGUUGGAAGGAGGGAUUUCUCACCUUCCUUUGCUUGAUCCAUUAAUGAGAGCGGCACCUUUGGCACCAUCUGAAUGGAGGAAGAAAUUGGAAGCUGUAAAUAACACUAAUAAGUCAUCACAUGAAAAAUUCAAUCCCAGUUGUAUACUUCUUGACGUGAGAAACGGUUAUGAAUGGGAUGUUGGGCAUUUUCAAGGAGCUCAGCGGCCGGACGUUGAUUGUUUCCGGGCCACUUCAUUUGGGCAGUCUGAGUCAGAGAUGAUUGCCUCUGAUCCUUUAGUAGCUGUUGAUAAGGAUAGAACUGAUAUAUUAAUGUACUGCACUGGAGGUAUCCGCUGUGACGUAUAUUCUGCUAUACUACGAAAGCAAGGUUUUAGACGAUUAUACACCUUGAAGGGCGGUGUUUCUCAUUAUCUUGAGAGUGAAGGUUCUGUAGGAUGGGUUGGGAAUUUAUUUGUAUUUGAUGCCCGUCUUUCUCUACUACCUUCUACUUACGAUCCUGCAGUGGAGAUCGAAGCAAGCACAAUACCAGAAGGCUCCCUGGAUGACUCAUUUGCCAAAUGCUACAUCUGUGGUUCACAAGUCUCUGAGUUGAGGCACCGCAAUUGUGCAAACCUUGAUUGCAACCUACUUUUCCUAUGCUGUGCAGGCUGUGUGAAACAUUUAAGGGGAUGUUGCUCUAUUCAAUGCACAUCCGCACGCCGACUCAGGCCGGUGCUGACAGGUCAUCAGAGAUACCAAAAAUGGCAUAAUUAUCGUGAUUUUUAGUUGCAAAGGUGGUGACAUCUUGAUCAGUGAUUGGUGUCCAUAUCUUUGAAAUUGAGUGGUUCCGGCACUGAAAAUGCAGAUCUCCAGUCCAGUAAAUUGCUGGUGAGACCGAAUGGCAGAUUCAGGGAAAAGCUAACCCUCUUCAUAUCUACUACUAAUUCUGUGUUACCUGAAGAUUUCAAAGACAAGUUUUCACUUCAAUUAUUAGUUCUGUUUUCUUUAAUGCGUUAUGAAUGUCCAUCAGACUGAAAAUUAGGUUUAGUGCCCGUAGAAAAUACUAAGAACGUACGGGUUUGGCAGUUUGUCUUUUCACUAAUUAUUAUAUAUUGAAGGUUGAAUUUUUAUUAGUUGC